GUCCCGGCGCUGCCCCGCGGUGUCCCCCGGCCCCGCACGCGCUGGCUCCGUCCCUGCUCGCUCCUUUCCCCCCGGGGGUCUCUGGUGGUGGCAGCGCUCCGCCGGCACCGGGGGCAAACGGGGUGCUCGGUCCCGGUUAUUUCUCACGCGGUGCCACGCGUGGGCCGUGUUUCUCGUGGUGCCAGGUGUGUGCUCCGUGUCUGCCCGUCGUUGCCACGCCUGCGUGCCGUGCCAGUAUGCGGCAGUGGCACGCUCCUGCCCCGUGCCAGCAGAAGUACGGCUGAGCAGAGGAGGUGGGAGCAGGACGUGAGCCUGGAAAAGGGAGCUGACGCAGGCACAGAGGUGCAGGCGGGGGCUCUCGGCCGCCUGCUGCCCUCAUCCCGUGCCCGUCCGACACAUCCCCGAGGUGACAGUUGGGUUAGCCACGCCAGAGGUGGUGCGGUGACAGCAAGGUGCCGUCUGUCACGCGGAAGCCUUGAAAUUAAUGGUUGAAAUGCGCCAUUGUGAAUCACGUUGAGCCUUUCUACCCCGUUAGAUCUGCGGUCGGCUCUCAGCAGUUUCCCAGUGCCACCGUCCAGGUUGCGCAGAGCCCGGCGUGACACUGAUGGAGAGGGACAGGGGGAGUGCAGGAAGUCCCAGUUUGGGAUUUUCUACCCAAAGGCACAUAGCACAGGGUGCCUCAAGGAACUUGCUCACACGCUGCAGUAUUUUUGCUGACCACUAAAAAUAAGAUGGACAUCCUUUCAAGCCUCGGUCAGCCGUGGAAGCACGGCUUUCUCAGGGGACAGCUGCAAGGAGCAGUUGGGGAGGGGUGGAAAUGACAGAAAAGAGAAAAAUACUCAGCAUGGUUGGGAUCAGUGGCCAACUUCCUCGCAAAGGCGAGGUCGGGUUCAGUGCAUGGGUGUCCUGCGGGCACGGCUCGGGGCAGGGACCAUUUCCCAUUCUGUUAUCCCCAGUGAUGAACUGACACCCUCCCGACCACGGGAGGUGCUGCUCAGUGUUGGCUCCAGCAGUGCAGGAUGGGGCGGUGUGUGGGCAGGGCAGUGCCAUGGCGGGAGCAGGAAGGAGUGCAUUGGAGGCACCGUCCAUGGGAGUACCUGAAAACUGCCAUCGUCUGCAUGGAGUUCUGGGAGGACCCCUUGCAGAUGAGCUCGGUGCUCAGCUCACUGUUUUGGGUCCCAAUCCAGCACGGAUCCAAAAAGGCUUUAACUUGCACCGCACGGGUAAUCUCAUGACAUGCCAGUUCAUAAUGCAUGAAAUUGAGGCCACUCUUGUCCUUAAAAAUAGAAGGGGAAAAAAAAAAAAAAAAAAGAAGAAGAAAGUGUGUUUGGUGGCACUGGCAUUCAGGCUCUCGGUUCUGGAUGACAGACACUGUUGUUGAGCACAGGGGAUCUGCUGUGUGCUCCUUUGCACACGAACACAUGAUAACGCCCGGUCCGGGGCUGCUCGCACUCUGAAAGUUGCCAGUAAGUAAGAAGUGGGCAUCGCUUCUCUUUGUAAAGCUUUGCCACGCAGGGUACCCUAGGCUGUGGGCUGUCGUGUUGGUUUAUGAUUAUUCUCUCACCAGGAGAGACAUAAAAACGAGGGCAUCGGGAAUUAGCGGUGGUAACACCCAGAAAAUACUCUGCUGGAAACACGAAGGCGGUUUGGCUGAAAUGGGAGAUGGGCACGGCGGGAUGCAGUGGGGUUCUGCGGCGCAGGGAGCACGUGGGGAAGGUGAGCAGCGUGAGCCCUGAGGUCUCUCCUUGAGGUAGGAGCGUGAGGGUCCCUGUUUGGAGAAGGGGCACAUGAAAGGGCGGACUUCAGGAAAAGAAAUGGGGAGAUAGACAUGCGUGCUGCAAGGGAUAAGCCUGAAACCGAUUGUCAGGAGCCAGGAUGAUGCUUCCUUUGUGGCUAUUUCGUUCCUCACCGUGGCACUCCGGCCUUCCUUUGAAGUGCUGAUGUUUAUCAGGGCCGGGGCGGCACAGCGCUGUGUGCGGACGGAUCCAGCCCCGCGAUAUCCCAUCGCUUCCUGCGUUCCCCUCCGCUCCGGCACACAGCCCCGAUCCACGCGGCACCGCACCGCGCCGGCCAGGUGCUGCUCCCACCCUCUUACUCCAGCUUCAGAGCUCUGGGAAUCGGACCAUGCGAGUGCUCAAUUGAUGUGCUCGGGGGGAAAAAAAGAAAGAAAGAAGAAAAAAAAAAAAGGAAAAGAGAAAAAAGACAGAAGAAGGAGUGCAGCAGUUUUGGGUAGGACUGAGGGACCCGCCCGGUGCCGGGGCAGAGCAGGCAGGGGCUGCAGCUCGGGGCUGCGUCACGUCCCAGCACUGCGUGGGGACGUCGGGUGGCACCUGCCCACACUCUGCACACAGCUCUGCACCUCAGGGGCAGCACGUUUGCUGCUCUCCUCUUUGUCCUUCAGGAGAAAGAAGGAAAACCCCAGCCAGGAGGAGAUGUCCGGGAGAGGCUGCGUGGACCUGGUGCGAGCAGACCUUGAGGGGACAGGUGCGGGGUGUUCUCGUCACCAGCGUGGCAGGAACAUAAUGUGCAUUGAAAACAGUUGUGCGGUUUGGGAAGUGAAACUGUGUUCCCAUGACCUCAGAGCCGUGGAGGGAUGUGGGUUUUGCCCGCCCAGCCCGGAGGAGCGGCUCUCCUUCCCUCUAGGUGUCAUUCGUUCCUCUAUAGGCACAUCUGCGUGGGCUGUCCUCCCCCGUUCCCAUUGUCCUCUGCUGAAAUCCGCACUGUGGGUGCGCUCCGGCAGCAGCUGCAGCUGCAGACAUCUGGAGGGGGCUUUGCCCAUAGUGCUCCGGGGUCAGGGCACUGUGGGACAGCCGGGCACUAGCUGCCAGCCAUGUUCCAGCCCGCCCCUAUCCCACCUCCUCGCACCGAAAUGCUCGGACAAAGCCGUUAACUGACGGAGGAUGCUCCUCUGCAUGGCUCAUUGCAGCGUGAGCCGGGUGCUGGGCGAGCCCCAUGGGAUGGGAUGCUGCUCCUUCCUCCCAGCUCCAGCAAGACAGCGGCUGAGCGGGCACUAGGGCAAUGAUUAUUUCUUUUUUCGUAGGGGUGAAUGGUUGGUUUUUUUUUUUUUUUGCCUGAUUUCUUGGUGUUUUCCCAGAGGUGCCGGAGGUCGCCCUGGUCCCAGGAUAAUGAGGAUUCUGCAUCACGCUGGGCCUCAACGGGUUAAUUUUUGUGCUUCUCUCCCCAGCUCGCUGCGGACUCUGGCUGGGACAGAACAUCUGUCUGUUGCUAUGGCUGCAGUACACUUGAAGGGGAUGACUGGAUAAUUAUUGCAAACAUCCAUCCUGCCUGAUGUGCUCCCGGACCUUGCUGGCCCGAGCGAGGGGCAGCGGCCGGCAGCUCCGGAGCUGGCCUUGGCCACGGGGACCCUACCUAGGGACGGCGCCUUGGCAACACCUUUUCAUUUGCAUAAUUAAUGAGGCCGAGGCUGCAGGGCUCCUGGGAAAUCCGACGCAGAGCAGCAGCGAUGAAAUGGCACAGAGGGCUUGAGCCUUCUCAGCGGCUCCGAGCUCCGCUCCCCACUUUGGGGCUGGCAGGGAGAUGUUCUCCCGUUCCCGUUCAUUUACCGCCCACUUCUAGCUGAACAGAUUGCUCCGGGCCCGAUCCUGCACACACCUCCUGCAGGCGUGGGCCCUGGGCACAGCGCUGGGUGCAAACCCACUGUCCGCAGCACCGCUGUGCCUGCAGAGCCCUGGGGAUGUCCAAAAACGCAGGCCCAGCCCUGUGCCUUGCAGGUUGUCCCUGUCCCGGCCUAUUCCCGCAUCUGAAAUAACACAGCAGGCAAUGACACCGAGGUUCCCCGUCUGACUCGGUGCCGCUGUGCUCUUUGCCCAGCCGCACAACUUCAAUGCUUCCAUUGUACGGUUUUUUUUCUGUUUAUCAACAAGUGGAGGGACAGUGAGUCAGCAGGGGGAGAGCUGCGGCCGGGACGAGUGUGGGUGUCCUCACCCGGGGCAGCAUCGCAGCAGGGACCCUCCGUGGGGCUCCCUGGGAGCUGGGCUGUGCGGGACAGGGCAGCUCUGCCUUCCCGGUGCCUGUGACAUGGGCAAUACGUAAUCACAUUGCCCCAACAAAUCAGAACAGAACACAACGGAACUCACAUCUGCUUCACGCCCGCAGGUGAAAUCACUGCAGAGCGCUCCCCAGGGCCGAUGCCUUGCUGGGAGCUGGGGCAGCUCUGUGAGCCCCUGCACAGCCCCCUCCGAUGGGAGGGCAAUGGGGAGGGCUGUGUGCUGUUCCUGGCCCUGCCCGAUCGCUAUCGCCCCAGCAGUUUUCCGUAUGAUUCAAUAAACUCCUUUGCUUGCACAACUUA